CUACUUUCUCUCUUCAUUCACAGAGCCCUAGCACUCCUAGCAAAGAGUCUGCAUGACUCUUUCUCUCUUCAUUCACUCUUUCACGUCCUCUUACCCAAAUAUGGUAAGGGGACCAGCCCCUGGCCAUCGUCCUCUUACCCUACUUUGUUCGCUGCUAAAGCCUAAAGAGGAGAAGACAAAGAGGAGUACGCGAGCUAGAAUGACGGAGCUUCUCUCUCCUGCGAUUUCGGAACCACGAUCUGCGCCUAAAUGGCUUCUCCGAUUCAUUUGAUUUUAGGGUUCGAAUCUCCUACUUUGUUUGUUCUUAGUCGGAAUUCUCUCCAAAAGUCAAUUUCGAGCUUGGAUUUGGAUUUUGAAUCAAAAUCGACGGCCAUCUACUCAAAAUACGAAGCUUGCAUCGCAGAGUUACAGGUUUUGAAUUUCCUUCGUUUCUCUCAAAUCAAAACCUUUUUUGGGAAUCCAAGGGUGGUUUGGGGUUCUUCACCAACGAGCGAAGCUUCCCAAUCAUGGGGUAGACGGCAGGGACGGCACAGAGCCGGAAACCACCUCACCCUGUUCGAUGGUUUACUACUCAGCGGCGAAGGCGGUUUGAGCCUCUCCUCUCCUUACGGCAUCCAACCACUGGCGGUUUGAGAUUCCUUAGUCCCAGGCGAGCUCACCGACGGUGCCUGAUCUGAUUUCACGAAGGUUUCAAGAACGUCUCUGUUCAUCAUCGACAUUGUUCAUCGUAAGAAGCAGCUAUGGCGAGAAAAAACAUCGGGAGUGGACUAUCUGCGAGGGUCACCAGGUCAACUGCAUCUAGGUUUGAAGUCCUGGCCAAUUUGGAUGACGAUUUCUCACCGUUGGAAACUCAACCUCCUGGGUAGGACAAACUAGCAAAUGCUGACUUUGUGGAUUCUGCAAACAGCAAGCUGCUAACUAGUAAGAUUGCUUGCAAUGCUGGAAUUCAAGACUUUGUGUCUUCAUGAGUUAAUGGAUUCAAUAUAUUGUUGGAAGAGCAUAUGGUACUUGCCUUUGAUAUGGACGGUGGAACAAGUUCUGUGGGUGGUGCUGAAAGUGAAAACUCUACAAAAUUAGUAUUAAAGCCAUGAAUUCUAAAUUUGGACUUCUAUUUUUGUGAAUCAUGACUUUAUUUUGGAUGUUAGUGAUGCAGCCCUGCUUUCUGCAGCUCCUAGGAAAACUGCUCUGGGUGAUUUGGUUGUCUCUAAACCAACCCCAACCAAAAAUGAAAAUGCCUUUUCUGAUAUUGUUUCCUUUUCUGAUACUGCUGUUGUCACAAAGGCUGCUGUCUCUGAGGUAAGACUGUUCCUGAUGAGAUACCAACAAUUGGGUUUGAUUCUGGUUUUAAAUCUAGAAAUGGACCGCUGUUCUGUAAUGCCCCGGGUCUUAAAUUUGUUACCUGUAGUUCUGUUUUGGCUGGCCCGGUUGAUACCGUUGUUUCUCCGGUUGAAACUGUAGAUUUCGGAUGGGCUUUCUGUUUCAACUGACUGUAACAGACUUGUUACCGCUCAUGUUAACUGUUUGAUUACAUAUGCAAGUUUUGACUGUAUGGCUAAUUUUGGAAAUGAAGAAUCUCAUUCUGAUCCUUUGUUAGCUUCUAAUAUGGCUGAUACUACACUUGAUCCACCCUGGUCCAAUGAUGAUAUUCAAUCUGAGGACACCCCCAUUACUACUAAUCAUUCUCUUGAAGAUCAAUCACACUUAGUAUAAGAAGAGGAAGAACCCGAUGGCUUUACUGAAGUGACGGUAAAGAAAAAUAAAAGCAAAUGGUAAACCCUGCUUAUCUUGCAGAUCAAUUUUCUUCUUCUUUGGUAAAUGCUUAAUUUGGCUCCUCCUUUAGGCCAGAUUAACAUUGCUCCCUCACAUCUCUUUUCGUCUCAAAUGGUAAACCCUACUUAUCAGUUAUCUCUAAUCAAUUUUUAUCGUUAUUAUUAUUUUAUAAAUCAAUGCUAACCUAAUUUAUCUCUAUCUGUACUAAUAUUGUUAUGUUAUUGCUGCAGCUGUUCCAAUUUAAUUUUCCUUUAGUAGUGUAUCAUCAUCUCUUGAACUCAUCUUUUUGUACUUUUAGAUGGAUAUUGAAAGUCUACCCUAUUGCUACCUUCUGUGAAGUGCUCUUUCAAAAAUAUAUCGUCGGGUAAGUUCUUAUAAAAUUUCGUAGUAGAGUACAUAAAUUUACCGGGCUUUUCAUGUUUCAAGGUGUACAUUGUUGAUUUUACCCUUCCUAAAGUAAUGAGGAUGCAACUACAGGUCCCCACAUUCAUUACGGGCCGGGACAGAUAUAAUGGCUCCAACUAAAGAUGCAACUUUGAAAUCAAAGGCCAGAUUGGGAGCAAGAGAUGCAGUGGAUAUAUUGUUAGCUUUAGUCGAUGUGGUCUUUUUGUGUUUUAAGCACAUGUGCCUUUUAUUUUAGGUUGUAUUUUCUUCUUGUUUAUUACUUAUGGUUUUGGGGGUAUGCCCCUAUGAGUCAUGUACACUCACAUUUAUGUGACAAUUUGAGGUAUAAAUAAA